AUGGGCAAUGUGUGCACAUGGCGAGAAGGGAAAGGAGAAUCAGAAGAUAAAAAUCUAAAAAUGGCAGACAACGAUAUACAAACACAAUUUCAAGAAUAUUCAAACAAAAUUAGAAAUAAUAGUAAAAACCAUGAUAAUACAGAUAGCUCUAAGGAAAGUAAACAUGGGAAUAAAGACACCUUAUCAAAUGGGUUAUCAUUAAAUAAAAGAGAAGAUGGAAAUGAUGUAUUGUCAAACAAAGAUAAGUCAGCGAAUGCUAAUAAAGAUGUUCCCCUAAUAAAUAAAAACAAUUUAAUAAUCGAGGAGUGCUCAAGUGAUGACGACGAAACAGACUGUCUUAGUGAAACAAACAAAAAAGAUAUGGAUUCAAACCCUUUGGAUAUUGAACAUAUAGAAGUGAGACAAUCAAAAAGAAUGUCAGUUAGUGCUGAAGCAUAUGGAGAAUGGAAUAAAAAGAAAGAAAAUUUUGUAGCUAAAGUUCAUAAAAAAGAUAAUAAAGAAAAGAAAAAAAUUCGUGAAGCAUUAAAUGAAUCAUUUCUAUUUAAUCAUUUAAAUAAUUCAGAAAUGGAAACAAUUAUCGAUGCAUUUUUUGAUGAACAUGUAGAAAAAGGUGUUAAUAUAAUAAAUGAAGGAGAUGAAGGAGACUUAUUAUAUGUAAUAGAUGAAGGAGAAAUUGAAAUAUAUAAAACAAAAGACAAUAAAAAAGAAGUAUUAACAACAUUAAAAUCAAAGGAUGUAUUUGGAGAGCUAGCUUUAUUAUAUAAUUCAAAAAGAGCAGCAACAGCUAAAGCUUUAACUAAAUGUCAUUUAUGGGCAUUAGAUAGAGAAUCAUUUACAUAUAUAAUAAAAGAUAAUAUAGCAAAAAAAAGACAAAUGUAUGAAGAUAUAUUAAAACAGGUAACUGUAUUAAAGGAUAUGGAUCCAUAUGAAAGAUCUAAAGUUGCUGAUUGUUUAAAAUCAAAAACAUUUAAUACUGGUGAUAUUAUAAUAAAUGAAGGUGAACAAGGAGAUACAUUUUAUAUUUUAAUUGAUGGAAAAGCUACUGCUUUAAAAAAUGGUCAGGUUAUUAAAACAUAUACAAAAGGCGAUUAUUUUGGUGAGUUAGCUCUUUUAAGAAAUCAGCCAAGAGCUGCUACUGUAAAAGCAGAAAGUACAUGUCAAGUAGUACAUUUAGAACGAAAAGGUUUUAAAAGAUUGUUAGGUCCAAUAGAAAAAAUUUUAAUUAGAAAUGUUGAAAAUUAUAAAAAAGUUUUAAAAGAAUUAGGAAUAGAUUCAUCUUGCAUUGAAGAAAACUAA